AUGCAUUCUGACGGCUCUUGUUCUAUCAGCUGCAGCCAUCGAGCACAUGAGUCUGUCGUCGUCAGCCUCUGUGACCUGGAUCCCACUCAAUACGAUCACGUGUUCAAAAUCACACGUGUGUCCCAUGAGAACGAGACAAGCCUGUUUGACUUGGAUAUUUCACAGGAAACAAUGAACGGACUCACUGGAGGCGAUGUUAGUGGUGGCAAACUUGUAGCAGUCUCUGCAGUUGAGUUUCUUGACGCACUCAUCAACCCGGAGCUGUGGCACGAUGACGUUCUGCACAUGCCCGAGCCGCAUGCUGCUGAAUUGAUUCUGGCAGAAAACUUGCUUUCUGAAGAUGAAGACGAAGACCUUGGGCCUGUACUCACCGACUCGGUGUCCGAUGCUUCUAGCGAAGAAGGUUUCUGGGACGACAGACCCGACUGGUAUGAACGUGCUAUGGCCCGCCGUGGGGCGAGGCUGCUAGCUGAAGACUGUGUCGGAGGUUCGGAUGAAGCCUUGGCACAAACAUAUCUCGCAGCACGAGAACUGGCGCUCGACGUCAUGAGUCAUCCGCUCUUCGGGGUGGCAAGAUUUUCGUUGACCGUGCCACGCACCGUAACAGCGAUCUACAUUGGUGCCAAGGCGACGGCAAGCAACCAAAGGUCUUACAUGAAGAUUGCCGCUCCUUACCAGGAUUCUUGUCAGCUGUCUGUGGGAUACAGCGGAUCACCUCCCCAGGAGUUUCCAUCGAACAUGGUCAACCGUUUGCUGACUCCUCCUGGCGCCGCUAAUGAGUUUAUGUUCUUGUGGUCCAACAGUCGAUUGCAGCUGUAUUUGAACAGGCAAAAAAUCGGUACAGCUCACCUUGAAGAAGGUUUUGCUGAGAUGCCGGGAGCAUUUUCCUCAGUAUUCGUUUGGGUGAUUUCAAGUCCAUUCGCGACUGAGCCGCCUACUUUCAGUACUCUGCUGUCACCCAUUGAUCCUGGGACUUUGGUGAGGUGCUACUGCUGUGGCCAUCAGGAAGCACUGAGGGCAUCUCGCUGUGACUUCAUUGGUGGGUCUUCCCGCACAUCCUGCGACAAUGGCGUGCUCACACUGGAGGCAGCUCAGAGGGAGCGGCUGAUCAAUUCCAGACUACAGGCCUGCAAACGGAAAGCAAGCCAAGUGGCGUUGUUGGAUGGCUUCAAGCCAAGAAUUCGACAGCCAGUCUCGUUUUCUUUCGCGAUUUCGCCAUUGGCUUUCGACCCAGAGACUGCGCCGAAUGUCGAUGUUCUAAAGCUCCUGCACGCGCACCCGAGAGACUUCAGAAUUCGUUUUCAGGCAUCAGACCAUACCUACUACAUCGACGGCGUACAGACGAAGGGGUCAGUCACUGGAAUGAUUCAUGCUUUCUCUCAAACUUUUGACGCCGAUGUGGUCAUCAGCAAGAUGAUGAACGGCAGAAAUUGGCCUCGGGCAGGGUACCUCAAACAUGAGGUGUCCUUGACAUGGAUGAGCCGUCUUUGCGUUCAUUGUCCGGACCUGUUGCAUUUGUAUGCCGGCAACCCCAGAGAUGAUGGUCGCAUCAGCAAAGCUCUGAGAGAUAUCGCCUGCUACCAUGACAUCUCAGACGAACUUGCUCAGCUGACGUUGUCUCGUGAUGCCAUCAAGGCCAUGUGGAACGCUGCCGGGCGAGAGGCGGCCCACUAUGGCACUUAUAUGCACUAUUUGUUCGAAGCGCUCCUCAAUGGCUACUCGGUGCCCACCGUCUCGCCAGAGGUUCGGAUGCUGCAAUCCUUCCUACGUGGCGUUACAGGAAAUUCAACGGCUUGGCGAACCGAGUGGACUAUUUUCGGGGACGCAGAGAGGCUUGCGGGUUCCAUUGAUUUUUGCAUGCGGCUACCCGAUGGAUCUUUGAUGUUGGUCGACUGGAAGCGCACCUCUGGAUUGCAUGGAAAGUACCAAGCAUACCAGGCCAUGCGUCCGCCAAUCUCUCACAUCGCGGACUGCGCAGGGAUGCACUACAGGUUGCAGCUGAACGUCUAUCGACAUAUAUUGGAGAAGUAUUACAAUCUCAGAGUUUCACGUAUGUUGGUAGUGUGCUGUCACCCUGAACACUAUCCGCAGGCCUUCGUAGACGAUGUCCCGAGACUUGAGAGAGAAGUCGAAGACCUGCUGCAGGCCUGGAUCGAUGUUAGCGGCGGAAGUCAGGCGCAACUUCCAAACCCCCUGGCGAAGGCAAUUCGAGAAUAUCUGUUCUUUGACAGGGUAAGGCUUCUGAAGCACUUUGCCCUACAGAAUAUUCAUGAAAUCACUGCAUUCCCUCGUCUUUGGACGUUGUUCCCAGCGCCCUUUAGUUCGCCACACAACGACCGCGAUUGGCGGUUCUGGCUGAGUUCCGCGAUACAGCACUGUCACGCAGCAAGCCAGGCGAUGCCACGGGACAUCGUCUUAAGGCAGCGAAGUGGAUGUACUACCACUGAUAUGGACCGCUGCUCAAAACGGCUCUUCGCCCAGGUCGUUCUCCUGCUGGAGUUGAUCCCACACGCAGACGUUGUGGAUUUCUCUCUUUGGCCGUCUCCUUUUGAUACUAGCAUCAGCAAGAGAUGCUGGGAGAGAUGGUGUCUUGACAUGCGGAGUGCUAUCAGGGUCGUGAACGGUGACGGUGGCGUGGUGACUAACAGCAACAGACCUUCUCAUGUUUCUUCGGAAACUGUCUCCAGCAAUCGACGCGUGGAUGUUGAAGGAGGAUCUAUUUCCCCUGGCAGAGUUUGCUCCAUGCCUGAAGAGAUUCUGAAAGCCUUGCCUGGGCAUUUCUUCUCUUACAGGUAUUUGGGAGCCCUGGCCGCAGUCUCUCGAACCUUGCUUGCUGGAGUGCGAGAUCGGAGGCUGUGGAGAAACAAGAAUAUAUUUAUUGACAACAUCGAGUUCCAGGAUGUAGCGCUCUUGCGCAGAAUGGCCGAUUUGUGGGACGGAUCCCGCAGCAUCAAUGUAAACCUGGUGCAGCUCAGCAUGUUCCUUCGGUUCCCAGACAAUCUCAGACUAAUGUGGGAUGCUGAAGCCAGUCCGCCCGCGGAAAUGGGAACACAAAGCUUUUAUGGCAUCGUGUCGAGGCAGCCCCUCAUGGGCUAUGCGCACUUUGACCUCGUCGUUCCCUCCACCGUGACCGGCCUGUACAUAGGCGUCAAAGACUGGUCUUCCACCAGGAGGUCUUACGUCAGAGUCGACAAUGUGUUUGGCGCUGGCAUGAUUUGGUCAAUCUCGCUGGGCGGGAGUGCCCCGGUGCCUCAUCAGCUGAGCAAUCCACAUGUUCUUUUAGCAGAGCAGCCGAACCGCGUACUGCUGUCUUGGCAACAGGAUCGUUUCGAGUUGAUCAUGAAUGGGCACAGACUCAAUGCAAGAUCUUCAGGGCCCGGCCCGGCUGCAGCUCCGCCUUUAUCUCGUCUAUUUAUCUGGAGCUUUACAAGAGGCCAUCAAACCGGUGAGAUGCAGCAUAAGUUGAUGAACGUCACUCCACAGCCGAGUCCUGUCAUGCUGAAUGCCCAGAUUCGCUGCGCUGUGUGUCAUGCAGACAAGAGUCUUCUGUUUCCGCAGUGGUGCAUCUGUCCAAGAUGUUCCACAUGGUCAUGCGCUCGUCAUGUCGGCGAGUUGCCAUGGAGGCAGUGUCCUCGAUGUCCAGCAUUGCUUGCAGACUAUGUCGGAGGCUCUGUGAAGGCAGAGCAGACAAUGUUCGGAGGCGUGUCCCCGCUGUGCUGCCCGACAUACAGUGACAGUGACAAGGCUUCCAGAGUUCGGGCGCCGCUCGGAAACGCUGUUGUGGAUGUAUGCGGGGGUGCCUCGCAAGAAGAAAGUCUCAUGCCAGAAUUCGGUAAUCGUCCGGAUGAGGAUGACGAGAUGGACAUUGCGGAAUUCCCAGCUCCUGAGCAAGAUGACGCGGCCUCAGCGAAAGACCAUGAGCCAAAUCUCACACAGGACUUGGAAGAAAUGGUGGAAGAAGUGCUGUUUAUGCAGGAGAGUGAAAGCAAACGGUCGGAUGAUGUACUGGGAGUUGCACGCAAGAGGAGAUUGUUGCCAGGAGCCGAUACCACAGCAUCAGAUUUUGCAGCCACCUUUGCCGCCUUGCGUGAUCGUGCUGACAACUCUUUCGCGAACGUCCAGCGCAUGCACCUGGCGCAUGAGCUUAGUAUACCGGAGCAAGUCAGGCGACUGCGGAACCAGAUUCUGCAGCAGUUUCCAGGGCUGAACGAGCAGGUCCUGCGCGUGACUAUUGGCGCCUUGUCUGUGUAUCGUCUCAGGCUCACGGACAUGCACGUCAGGGAAAUGGUGUUGCUGCUGUGGGUUGUCGAAGGAGAGAGUCACAUGCGGUGUCACAACGGAAAUUUAUAUUUUUUCCAUUCGGGGGCCUUUGCGAUCCAUCGCGGCAUUCCACCGCAGGGCACACUGGCAAGAUGCAAAAGAUUUUUUCUGCAUCUCGAAGGCUUCUUUCGCUUGAUGGGAAAUGCGCAGCUGAUGACUGACGACAACGUUCUGAGCCAGAUGGAACGCUUGCUUUCGGAUAACAACGACUCGGCGCAGCAGUUUUUGAAUAGCUGCGAAGACGCAGCGCGUGGACAUGUGCCCGCGCGUGGUGGUGUUCGGAGAGGUCGAUCUGUUUUUGCCGAUGCCUUAAAUCCCG